CUGGGGGAGGGGUGGCGCGGCCCCGGGCACCGCAGGAGAGGGAGACUAGGCGGCGUCGGCGGGGGUCUCCGUCCGCAGGGCUCCGCUAUGUCGAAGGUUUCCUUUAAGAUCACGCUGACGUCGGACCCGCGGCUGCCUUACAAAGUACUUAGUGUUCCUGAAAGUACACCUUUCACAGCAGUCUUAAAGUUUGCAGCCGAAGAAUUUAAAGUUCCUGCAGCAACAAGUGCAAUUAUUACCAAUGAUGGAAUAGGAAUAAAUCCCGCACAGACUGCUGGAAAUGUUUUCCUAAAGCAUGGUUCAGAACUUCGAAUUAUUCCUAGAGAUCGUGUUGGAAGUUGUUAAUAUCUGCUGCUUGGAACAUAGGAUGACCUUUCCAAAUAAAUAUUGGUAUUGUUGUAAAACUGAAAUCAGGCAUUUAAAACUAUGAAAAGACCAGUAGCUGAUGAAAUAAUGAAGGGUGGCUCUGUCCCUUCUUGUUAUUCACACUCUUCUUGUGACAAGGGAAUGUUUAUGCACAAAGGGUACCAUCUCCACAGAAGAUCAUAGUCUGUCAUUGCUACCUCACAACACGUAACAGGUAGUUCAUUUGGGCUCAGUGGAUUAUCCAGCUGUAUUUUGUAAGUGGUGGAUGCUUCUGAUAAUUCUUACUGAGAACAUUUGGAAAAUUAAAGUUUACCAAAUUUUC